GUGUGUCAUAGUUUAUUAAUUUGUUGUGUAACGUGUUCUGUGGUGUUGGCGCAUCCUCAGUCCAGGAUACCUGACAUUGAGUGCACUCUUUUAGGAACUUUUUAAGUAAAUUCAAUAUCGAAGGAUGGGUGUAUCUGAACACGUAUCAUCUGUUGAUCUUCCAUCGAUGGACCCUGACCGGCCUGGCUCCAGCAGUGGGGCUGACGAUGAAGACAUUCCUAGAAGGAAACAACGUCGCUACAGAACGACCUUCACCAGCUACCAGUUGGAUGAAUUGGAAAAAGCCUUUGGAAGAACGCAUUAUCCCGAUGUUUUUACUAGGGAAGAACUUGCUUUGAAAAUUGGAUUGACUGAAGCCAGAAUACAAGUAUGGUUUCAAAACCGGCGAGCAAAGUGGCGUAAACAAGAAAAGGUCGGCCCACACGCUCACCCCUACAGCGGGUAUCUGGGUAGCGGCCAACCCCUCCCUCCGCCGACGAGUCUACCUCCACCCCCUCACCCUCUGUCUCAACUAGGCUUUAGCUUGAGAAAGCCAUUUGAUAAUGCUUUAGUUUCAUUCAGGUACGCGAACACCCCACUCUUUGGAGCUCAAUACUUACCACCGCUAUCACGGCCGCCGCUCUACCCGCUUUACGCUUCUUCGCCCGCUCAUCUCCACUCGCUCCUUGCUAAUUUGACCGUACCCGAAGCGCCACGCUUUUCGCCACAUCAAUACACGGAUCACACGGAACGAGUGCCCCCUGAGAUCAGGGUGUCCUCUGAAAGGUCACGGUCGCCAGCUCCUUCCAUUUCGCCUCCUAUUUCGCCGGGAAGUGAGUCCAUACAAGUGGACGACGCGACGUCAAGUAUAACUGCCCUUAGAUUAGCUGCAAGAGAACAUGAAAUUCGGUUAGAGUUAUUGCGGCAAAGGGCUGAUCUGAUGUGCUAAUUAUAUGUAUAAAAUAUAAGCCUCAAUUCACAGCAGCACCAAAUUAUUAUAUUAAAAAAAGAAAUGUUAUUUU